UGCCCUGCUGUGUCCAACGCACCCCAAAACCACUGCCGAGGAGCCUCCCCUGGCCCUGCCAUGAAACCGAACCUGAAGCAGUGGAAACAGCUGAUGCUUUUUGGGAUAUUCGCCUGGGGGCUCCUGUUUUUGGCCAUCUUCAUCUACUUUGCCGACAGCAACCCCACCGCGUCUGUCCCCAGCGCCUUCUACGAGGAGCCCCGCAGGCUCCUGCCCGUGCAGGGGAAGCAGAGGGUCAUCAUGGGCGCCGGGCCAGAGCCGGCCUUUCCCGAGGGCGAGGCGCGAUGCGGGACGCUCCUCUGCGCCGACCUCCCCGACUCCCUCUGGCCCGAGCCGGAAGACGUCGGGGAAAUCGAAGAAGAGUUUUUCUCCCUUCAGGUUCAGAGAGGGCGGGGGUCCCCAGGGGCGCUCAGUCCCGCCACCGGAGACUCCUCGUUCACCGCCGACCGGCUUGGGCCUCGUGGCCGGGUCGGGCGCGGGGUGAGCCUGGGUUCUGCCGGGGAGCAGGGCCCUGGGGAGGGCCUCUUCCGCGUCCCCCGGAAGAGGACAAAGAAGAGACGCUCGAAGCGUGGGAGGAGCCGGCCGCCGGAGGAAACGGACGAGUGGGAAAGGCUGUACAGCAGCGCCAUGUCACGCUCCUUCCUUUACCGGCUCUGGAAGGGCAACGUAUCGUCGAGGAUGCUGAACCCCCGCCUGCAGAAAGCCAUGAAGGACUACGUGAGCAUCAACAAGCACGGCGUGCGCUUCCAGGGCCCGAGGAACGCCAGGCUGACCGGAGAGCAGCUGCUGUGCCAGCUCAAGGACCGCGUGCGCGUCAGGACGUUGGAUGGGAAGGAGGCCCCCUUCUCGGCCCUCGGGUGGGACAAGCACGUCCCACGGACUCCCCUGGGCAAGCUGUAUCCCCGCGGAUUCGGGAGCUGUGCCGUGGUCAUGUCUGCGGGGGCCAUCCUCAAUUCGUCCUUAGGCGCGGAGAUAGAUGCUCAUGAUGCAGUUUUACGAUUUAACUCUGCUCCUACACACGGUUAUGAAAAAGAUGUUGGGAAUAAAACGUCCCUGCGCAUCAUUAACUCUCAGAUCCUGACCAAUCCAAGUCACCAUUUCAUUGACAAUUCCUUAUAUAAAGAUGUCAUUUUAAUCGCCUGGGACCCUGCUCCUUAUUCUGCCAAUCUAAAUGUGUGGUACAAGAAGCCAGACUACAACCUGUUCACUCCCUAUGUGCAGCAUCGAAGGAGACACCCAAGUCAGCCAUUCUACAUCCUUCACCCCAAGUUUAUCUGGCAGCUGUGGGACAUCAUCCAGGAGAAUACAAGGGAGAAGAUUCAGCCCAAUCCCCCAUCCUCCGGCUUCAUUGGAAUACUCAUCAUGAUGUCCAUGUGCAGAGAGGUGCAUGUGUACGAGUACAUCCCGUCGGUCCGCCAGACGGAUCUCUGUCACUACCACGAACUCUACUAUGACGCAGCCUGCACCUUGGGCGCUUACCAUCCCCUGCUGUACGAGAAGCUGCUGGUCCAGAGGAUGAACAGGGGCGAGAGGGAUGACCUGUACCACAAAGGGAAAGUGAUUCUUCCCGGCUUCCGGGCCUUGCACUGUCCCACCCCCGACCAUCUCCUCAACUCAUAGAGGUGGCGUUUUUUCAGAAACUAUGUGCAAUAAGGUACUACUGAGGUACUCUGAACCACAAAGGAAUACUUGAAGUUGUAGUGUAGACCAACCUAGUCUUGAGUCUUUAAACUGUAAUUUAGUCGCAGGCAUGAGAAUUCUGACUUUAUUCUUAAGCCAUGGAGUAUUACUGCUUUGCAAAUAGGAAGGAGGGGGAAAAAAAUGCUUAACUUCAGAAAGGUGCAAAAAAGCCUAACUAGACAGAAAAAUACUGUCAUCUUGUGGAAGGAACACAUCAGAAAAUGAUCGUGCUUUCUUCCGCCACACGUGCCAAGUUGCCAACUUAAGUUCAGUUGCAAUCUUUAAUAGGUAGACCCAAUAUUAUGAGUUAUAUGCAGUACUCCAUUUGAAAAAGAAGGCCUUUUCAAAGUUGUUACAGGGUCUUGCACACCGGUGUAUCGAUGGGGUCACAGACA